AUGGAUAGAAUGCGUAGGGAGAUGCAGGCGAUUGCAGAUGAUAUUGCCAACCCCGAGAAGGGGAAAGCAGCACUGGAGGAUAAGGUCUGGGAAGUUGAAGCUAAGCUGGUUACCAAGCUUGAGGAGCUUGAGAAGCUUGCUGAGCAGUGCAACCAGGCCCUCAAAAUUCAUUUGAAUAUUUUUUAUAGUCAAGUGCCAUGCUCUAGAUUCUUGUUAGAAUUUAUUAGCUCAAAAUUCUUUGUAUUUUGGGAGAAUGAUUUUGCUCUGUUGAAACCUACUGUUGAUUUUCAGUACAUGAUAAAUUCUAAAGGAUCUUCUCCUGCUGAGAUGCUUGGUACUGGUUACAAAACAGUACUAAAACCUGCACUUGUGGCUCAUGUUGAGGAGAACAAGAGGAGUUGUCUCUCAAAUCUUGAAAACCUAAAUGAUCUACGGAAGCAGCUGCAAGGAAAUGUUAAGGUUCUAGAGGAGGAAAGGAAUAAUAUUUCCAGUCUCCAGGCAAAAAAUGACGAAAUGGUUGCUCGUUUGAAUUCACUGGAUUGUGAAAUUAUAAAUGAUGACUCAAGAUUCACACCUGAAGCUGGACAAAUGAAAGAUGAGUUGGAGAAAAAGAAGAAUAGUUUGAUUUCUCUUGAAAAGGAGGCAGAUGAUUUUUUUAAGAUAUCGGAGAAGAGGCUCCAAGAUGCAACACUUAAAGCUGACGAAGAUACUGAGGCGGCUGCUAAGGAUCUGCUGGAGCUUCUUGAUUCCAUGGCUGAAUAUAAAGAGUUUAUGGAAACAACAAUUGCUCAGAGGAGGAAGGAACUCUAUGAAACUGCUGAUUAUAUAGCAGGCCUGUUCGCUGGAACUUCUUAG